AACGACACUUAUUUUGGAAUUUCUCCAUUUUACUAAAACGACACUUAUUUUGGAAUGGAGGGAGUACAUGGUAAACAUUGUAUUCAAUCACUCUCAAAAUAAUGGUAAAGUUAUAAUUCGUAGGGAAAAUGAUAAUUUAAAUUAGAACAAUUGUUUUGUGUCGAGGGGUAUUAAAUGGGGAUAGUUUCGCAAAAGAGUAAAAGAUAGGAGUUGUUUUGGAUCGCUCAAUUCCACCAAAACCCACAAAACCAAAUUCCCCCUUCAUCGGAGUCUUAAAGGCAGCCUUCUCCUCCGACGGUCGGCCUUCUCAGUCAUUCUGUCCAUUUCCAGUUUCCCUCCAUAAUAAUAAUAAGACUAUCGUAAUGCUUUUUAUUGCCAAAUUUAUGAUAUUUUUAGUAAUAAAUAGGAGUAUGUUAAAAAAGGAUUUAUUAAAUAAAUAAAAAUAGACCAAACAUAGUUUGCUGCUCCACCGGCAGAUUGCUCCUAAUUUGGAAUUUUCAAUCGCAACGAACAAAGCCAGUCAAGUAGUACUAUAAUUUUUGUAGAGAGGGAUAGAGGAGACCGCCGGAGCUCCUCCUCCCUCCUCUCCGCUUUUGGAAUUUGAUGAUUUAUAUGCGAAUUUCUCGUCUACUACUUCUCUGUUUAUUUUCCAAAAUAUAUAUUAAUUUAUGAUAUUUGACUAUAAUUUCUUUAAUUUUCCCCAAAGAAUUCUAUCCACAUUUGUAUUUUCAUUUUGGGCUGUCCGUGCUUCUCAAAAACUCCAUGAAGGAGACGGUGAUGCGCUUCUUCUACUAAUUUGAUUGAUUAGCGUUCGGUUUCAACGGAGUUUCGAUCUCGGAGGGUUAGGUUUAGGAUUAGGGCACCGUUGUCGUCCUCGUCUGAACCCUCCAUGAGAAUGGAAGCAGCGUCCGGUGGUGAUGACAAUUCUGACGCUGCUUACCGAAGCAGUGGUGCUCCAGCUCCUCCUCUUAACGUCUUUAAUCACGCGGCGGGGACGACCACAUCUGCCUCUGCAAAUAGUAGUAGGGGCUACUCCUCUCAUUCUAGGAGAUUAUCAGCCUCUAGCAUUCUGCGUUCACCUCUAUCUGCCAUUUUGGAAUACUCCGGCAUUAUCAGGAACCGCCCCUCCUCUCACCUUUCUGAUUCCAGUACCAUGACUUCCGGGGCUGGUCUCUCCCGUGCCCAUCGUGAUCGCCUCCGUGAUUCUUCUGGUGCAGCUCCUUCUCUGUUGCCAUCACAGAUUCCCUCCUCUGCCACUGGUAAUGGUAGUGGAGCAGGUGAGGUUUCAAUACGGAUCAUUGGUGCUGGAGAACAAGAUAUCCUUGACAGGGUAUCUUCCUCCCCAUUGUUGGCUGCGGCCAACUCCCCAACCCAAAUUGAGAACUUCCCAAGAACUGGCUCUGCCGUAUCAUUGGAAGGUUUGAAUGAUCGAGGAGGGGGAGUGUUGUUAGAUGGGCUUAUGCCUUCAACAGGUGUAGGUGCGGAUACUGAAACUGGUGGGGAUGGAGAUGGAGUUGGUGGGCCUACAAGUAAUAUUAAUAGGGACUCUACACCUUACCAAAGAUAUGAUAUUCAACAGGCGGCUAGGUGGAUUGAACAGGUCCUUCCAUUCUCUUUGUUACUUUUGGUGGUUUUCAUUCGGCAACACUUGCAAGGUUUCUUUGUUACAAUCUGGAUUGCUGCAGUAAUGUUCAAAUCAAAUGAUAUUCUUCGGAAGCAGACGACUCUUAAAGGAGAGAGAAAAAUAUCUGUUCUUGCUGGCAUUUCUAUUGUGUUCAUGCUUCACGUGACUGUUGUUUAUUGGUGGUUUUGGGGUGAAGAUCUUAUAUAUCCAUUCGCCAUGCUUCCUCCAAAGUCAAUUCCACCUUUUUGGCAUGCUAUCUUUAUAAUAAUGGUGAACGAUACUUUGGUACGCCAAGUGGCUAUGGUUGUUAAAUGUUUAAUCCUGAUGUAUUACAAGAAUAGCAGAGGCAGAAGUUAUCGUAGGCAGGGUCAAAUGCUAACUUUGGUCGAGUAUCUGCUGUUAUUGUACCGUGCACUGCUGCCAGCUCCAGUAUGGUAUCGUUUCUUCUUGAACAAAGAAUAUGGUAGUCUUUUUUCGUCGUUGAUGACCGGUCUGUAUUUGACGUUCAAACUCACGUCUGUUGUUGAGAAGGUGCAAUGCUUUGUUACUGCUUUGAAAGCUUUGUCACGCAAAGAGUUCCAUUACGGAGCUUAUGCAACUUCUGAACAGGUGAUUAUUCCUGAAUGAAGCUGUAUCCAUACCUUAAGUCAAUGGUUUCUCACUUUUUCCGUUUAGUUUGUCUUGAGCUGAAAAUUUUAUACCUUAAAAGUCUUUUUAUCUUUCACAAUGGGAUUACUAUUGCCUUUCUAGUGAGCAGUUUUUACUUUUGUUAGGUUUUUUUUCUUUUCUUUUUUGGUUGGGGGUGGGGGUUGACUGAGCAUCCAUCGUUUUAGCCAUUUUAAGAAAUAGAUAGUUGAAAGCGUUGCAUCAAAGGUUGAGUCAAUUUGAUGAACGUGAUGUAUGCCAUUCUUUUCCAUUCAGAUAAUAUAUGUGUGUUUUGGCCUAAUCUUUACUAUUUUAUUUAAAAUCUUAGUUUUUUAUAUGAAUUUUGAUCGAUUAUGGGGGUUAUGGUUAUUAUAUUUUACCAUAUGUAUCAUUGAAUUUGAAUGAUGAUAUGUGUAUUGAUCGAGCACGGUGGCAACAUAAGGUCCAUAUAUCCAACUCCACAUAGUGGAAAGAAGGCUGUUUGUUGUGUAUGCUUAACACCUAUGAUCCAUUGCACAGGUCAAUGCAGUUGGCGAUUUAUGUGCUAUUUGCCAGGAAAAGAUGCAUGUACCAAUCUUACUGCGGUGCAAACACAUAUUCUGUGAGGACUGUGUUUCUGAAUGGUACUCUUUUGUGACUUCUAAUAAAAUUUUGAUUAUCCUUCUUUUCUCUUGUCAUUGUUCUAAACCUCUAAUUGACACGCAAUUUGUUUCAGAUCCUAUAUUUGCUCUGGCAACAACGUACUUUUUGUUUCAUUUUUUACUUCCUUUUCUACUUAGGUUAAUCAGAGAUAGUUGUGAUACUUUUGUUGACCAUAUAAGUAUAUUUUUGCUGUCUUUCCUGCUUAUGACCAUAACUAGCUACUCGAAAUGUCUUUUUCCUUUGAGAAUAAUCCUUAAUCAAGCAGCAUUUAAGAAUGUAAAGAAAAUGUAAUUGCGAAUGGAAAAACAGUUAAUUGAAGUUUUUGCUGUCCCAAACUGUAAAAUUAAAAGUCAUCUCAAGUAUCUCUAUCUAAUUUUUUCAUCUUCCUGUUGACAUCCGAAGCUUGUGGAGUGGUGCUGCCUUACGUUUAAUGAUUGUAACUUGGGUUUAUUGGUUCUGACUUUAUUCACAGAAAGAUCUCUUUUUCUCAUAAAGAUUAAAAUUUUUCUCAAUUGGUAUUUGUUGGAUUUGAACCUAAGCAAUCGUUGCACAAGUUUUUAGUUUCACAAGCGGACUUUGAAUCUAUGCUGAUCUUGGCUAGAUGAUGCACAACGUUAUCGCUGGAGUACAAAUUGGUAAUUUGACUCAAGGGCUAAAUUUUUCCCCUGUUGGUCCCAAAUUAUAUGUAAUGAUUAAAAAUUGCGGAAUUUGCAUCUUAAUAUCAUCUGGGAACAGUGUGUGGUGAUGUGAAUCAUAAUGUCUUUGGUUGUCGUAUUUGUAUGACAAUGGCUAUUAGCUUUUCUUGCAAGUAAAUGGCUAAGAAGAUCAUGUGUAUCCAGGUUCGAGCGUGAGAGGACAUGUCCGUUGUGUAGAGCAUUGGUGAAACUUGCUGAUCUAAGAUCUUUUGGGGAUGGAUCAACGAGUCUAUUUUUUCAGUUAUUUUAAAGAACCCUUUCUGGGAUUUGAAGCCUGUCCAAAAGCGAGGAUUUACUCGAGCAGUACAUCCACAACACUGAGAGUUAUAUUUUGCUAAUUCAACUGUUUUUUGGGUUUUGACUAUAGGUGGCAAAAUAUAGUGGUGUAAAGAGCAUUAUGUCCGUAUUGUAAUGUAAGAGUAAGAAAGAACUUUUAUGUAUAAUGCCUGAUGUAAAGUCUACAGGUGCUGUCAGGAUUUGAGGAGGGAGAGGCACUGUAAAUGGGAACGUUUAUACAAAAAAAAAAAAACUGUGCAUUCGCCAUAUUGGAAAAAGGUUGCCCCAAUUCCAUAUUUAUUUUCAGUAGUAGUAUUUGGUCUCUUAGUCAUUUCUCUCGUCUCUCUCUCUCGCUCUCUCAUUUUGGUGUAGUAAGAAGCAUACAACCCGGUCUAGUCAGGUUAAAGGUACGCAUUCUUUGAUGUAAUGUUAU